AAAUAAAUACGCUUGAAUAAACAAACCUUUCUAAGUUGUAACACAUUGUUACUUAAACACAGGCUGCGUCUUCAUUGGUGGAUGAGCACGGUGAAGCAAUAGAGAGACCACUGACCGAUCCUGGUUUAAUAUUGAAGUAUUCAACGCAUAAGAACCUUGCAAGUAUGUCAGCUGAAGGAGGGGACAUUAACACUGCCAUGGAACAUUAUUUGCAGGCAGUAAUGUUGGACACCACAGAUGUCACACUAUGGUACAGAAUUGGUAGUUUAGCAAUAAAACUUGGUAGACUGCCACUUGCAAGGCAUGCAUUUACCAGUGGUCUUGUUUGCAAUGAGAACCACUGGCCUUGUCUGGAUGCUGCAAUCACUGUGUUGUUCGCACUGCUUAAUUAUGAAUCUUGUUUGUACUGGAUUGCUAAAGCAUUAGAAAAAGAGUCUGGGUAUACAAAGGGUUUGGUUUUUCGUAACAAAAUCUACAAAGAUUGCCCCCACCUGAAAAGAGACACAGAGCAUCUUUUUCGUAACUGUUCGUUUUCCAUAAACAGCGUUAGAAUACGAAAGCGUGAAGCAAAACAGUACAUUGAUUAUGCCAAGGAGUUACAGGCAGAAUAUGAAAAACUUUGCGUCAGAAAACCACCACCAGAUGUCCCUCUAACCCCACCCCUUGAAUCCCUUAGAUGGCUUGAACUUGGCAAGAGUUUGGUAUCUACCUACCAACGUAUUAUGCAUUCAUCAGACGACACAUCCGUCAUAUCCACAAUCUUGUUUGGAAACUUGGAUGACCUGGCAGUCAAAACUGCAGAAAAACCAACAUUUUGUGAACAUUUAAGUAGUUGUGAUGAAUCAGUUGAAUCUUCCACGAACACCCUUGAGCUAUCGGAGGAUUCUGCAGACUCUUUACUGACUCCGGAAGACCUUUCGGCUCCAUCAGCAAUGGCCUCCUCUUCUUCUAUAUUCAUGACAGCCAAUAUCCCUGUUUCCUCCCAAGACAUAAAUCUUGGAGAGGAGCUUCUUGCAUCCUCUGAAGAAGAAGAACAAGAUCAGGAUGCGGUUGCUGAUGUUGUUGAAUCUCUUCUUUUUAAAGUCAUUUCAAAAAUUGAAGCAGAAAAUAUUUCUAAAAUAAAAAUGGUAGAAACUGAAAAUCUCUCAGGAAACAACUCCCUACGUUCGUUACAUAAAACUGAAUUAACUUUUUCUGAUUGUAACCUUCAAACUGAUAAUUCUGACACAAUUUCCGCUUCAGCGAUUGCUGGUAGUAUUCUUGAUGACAUCAUUAUAGCUUCCACAUCAUGGAAAAUUCCGGAAGGAAAAUGUGAUACGGAUGUUGUUGAUGAAGUAAUUCAAUAUUUGCUUUCUGAAGUGGAAAACAGGAUAACAGGGAGAAUUUCAUCAAAUAAUACACAAGCCUCCAUAGAAUUUGAAAUUCCUGAAUCAGUUUGCCAAGCACUGGACAUCUCCAUGGAUGACGAUGUUAAGACAAAACGUGGCCCGAAGAGAAAAAGACAAGCAAUUGAAUUAACUCUCGAAAGCCUCACAAAGAGAAGAUCCACCAGGGUUCGAACUUCUACUCAUAAAAGUAAACAGAAAAAAGAACCAGUUAUUACUGAAGACAUCGAAUCAGGGUUGGAUUACAGAAAGAACCUUCUGGAACUUUUACCUGAAUCUAUGCAGGACCUUCCAAGUAUUUCCACUACAGAGGAAAAUACAGAGACAAAGUUUAGAAAUGCGGACACCUCCAGUGCAGCAAAACCAGUAAAAGUUGCUCAUAUGUAUCCCGAUGCAGUUUCGGAAUCAAAAGAUGUCUUAGAGUUUCUUCGGACAAGUUCAGAUAAAAAAGAUGGAAUCCUUGAUCUUCUUAAAAAGUUUUCCAAGCUCUUUGCUGAAAAGGUAAAGUUUUUUUAGCAAUGAAUUUUAUUU